AUGGAGAAGAUGGCGGCACCCGUGGCCGGCCAGGGGGACGUGCUGGGCGUGCUGCCCGAGGGCGCGGGCGGCGGCGGCGCGAUGGGGCAGUUUGGCGGCAGCGUGAUGAGCGCGAUGAGCGGCGCGAUGGGGUUGUUUGGGAAGGCGCAGGGCAGGGCCACAUCGGAGCACACGUUUGAGCUGGGGGAGCGCGCGGCGGUGCUGAGCCAGGUGGAGCAGCCGGCCAUCAUACCCCACGUGGCCGAGGUGGAGGGCAAGAAGUUCCCCUACGAGGUCAUCUUCCGCAACGUCCACAAGCUGCUGGCCGACACCGCCUCCAGCGAGUUCCUCUUCUGCCUCGACUUUUGGGAGGACGAGCCGCUGUUCAGGGAGCUGCUGGCCCCCAUCGUGGCCGUGGUGGAGGGCGACCUCGCGUCGCAGCUGCAGGCAAGCCCCACCCCCCGCGCAGCUGGGCAGGGUUUGGAGCAGUGGGACGCGGUGGGCGUGCUGCUCAUGAUCCGCAUCAACGCGGAGCACCGGCGUCUGAUGAGCAAGCGGCGCGUGCCCUGCCUGGAUGACUACCUCGACCGCGUCAACCUGCUGCUGUGGCCGCGCUUCAAGGUGCUGUGGGACCUGCAGUACGCCAGCAUCCGUGCGGGGGCGGAGCGCCAGCUGUUCACGGGGGAGGCCGCGCCGCACGCGACCGUCAGGCGCUACGCCGCGCUCACCGCGAGCGUGCUGCGGCUGAUGGCGCACCACGACGAGGAGGACGGCGUCUUCAAGGCAUCGGCCUUCCAGGAGAUGCUGGACCGCAUGUGGGCGGCGGUGUUCGACCUGCUGCUGCGCAUGUCCAACAUGUUCAAGGACAGGCGCCAGGGCAUCAUAUUCCUGAUACUCAACUACCACCACAUCGGCGCCGCCUGGAGCACCGCCGACGGCGGCGGCGCGCGGGGCGGCGGCGGCGAGGGCGGGCCGUCGUCGCCGGGGGGUGGGGGCGGAGGCGGCGGGGGCCUGGGGCUGUACGGGGCGGCGGCUCUCAAGGAGUGCGAGGACCAGCUGUCCAAUUGUGUGGGCCUGUACGUGGAGGACCAGCUGGGGCAGCACUUCAAGGACCUGGUCGACUUUGUGAAGAAGGCGGAGCAGCAGCAGAAGCGCACCGCGGCGCCAGAGGGGCAGCCCAUCCCCGGGUACGGCCCAAAGGAGUCGGCGCCGGUGCUGCGCGACUUUGCGCUGCGGUGGAAGGCCGCCAUCGGCGGCAUGCACCAGGAGGUCGGGCGGCAGCUGUCUGACGAGGCGGUAGCGCGGGACGUGCUGCAGGCUUCCAUGACGCAGCUGCUGCUGUACUACACACGCAUGCUCGAGCUGCUCAAGCGGCAGGGGCCCGAGGGGACCGCGCUGGCGCGCGAGGCGGUCAACAUCCCGGCCAUCAUGUAUGAAAUCAAGGGGUUCCGAAAGGUGUAA